AAGCCUCGUAAAGCAUUAUAACCUGAGGCUACUGAUAGGACGUAGUCGAGGCAGUUCCUUCUUAUAAAAGAGAGGAACGCAUAGUUAGUAACAUUUGUAUCGCACAACUGGAGUAAGUGAAUAGCAGAGUUUAAACAUUACAUACACAGUAUAGACAGCAUGCAGUCCUUUCGCAAAGGAAGUAUGUUAAGAGUAAACAUUUUUGCGAUAUUAAUUGCACUUUUUUGUUUGACAAACGAGUUAGUUUUAAGUGAUAGUAAUUAUUGUUAUUCCGAUGAUAAACAUCCCUAUUUACGCGCUGGUACGAAGACGGCUUAUGAAGUCGAACAUGGCUUAAUUAAAAAUGCUACUCUUCCAAAUUGCAAGCCAGUCCAAAUUUGGAUGUUAAUUAGGCACGGAACUCGCAAUCCUGGAAAGGAUGAGAUCAAAAGCAUGAAACAUAAUUUGCCAAAACUUCAAAGUAGUAUCAUCGAGAAUCAUGAAAAAUAUGGAAAUGGUAGUUUAUGCCAGAAGGACUUAGAGAAACUAAAAACGUGGAAGUUAGAUCCAAAUCUUAAAAAACACCGAUCCAAGUAUUUGACAACUCAAGGUGAAAAAGAUUUAUCAUCGCUUGGUGCACGGUUUAAAGAUUAUUUCCCGGAAAUUUUGCAAUCCUAUCCGGUUGAUACUUUAAAGCAAAUAUACAAAUUUAGGUCGACAGAUCUGCAACGAACUAUAGCUAGUAUGGAAAAUUUUAUUAAUGGGCUCUUCGGUAAUGUAACCAUCGACAACACGGUGGUAGUUCCAACUUCUGAGGAUACUCUGUUACAGUAUUAUAAAAUUUGCAAGGCAUGGUUGGAAGGAGUGCAUAAUUCGUCGGGCAAGUCCGAAGUUGAUAAAUUUUUAGAUAGUCCAUCAUUCAGAGAAAUAAUCGGCAAUGUUAGUCAGCGACUUGGCUUUUCGAACAGCCUCUCUUUCGAUGAUGUUUCAAUUAUGUACAUCGCAUGCAUUUUUGAAAAUGCUUGGUACAUAAAUGAAAGAUCUCCCUGGUGUGCCGCUUUUACAAAGCACGAAAAUGAACUAUUCGAGUACGAAGAGGAUCUAUAUUAUUAUUACCACGCCGGUUACGGCGAAGAAAUGAGCAGUGCCAUUGGAUGUCCACCGUUACAGGACAUGUUUAAUCGUUUUAGAAAGUUGGAGAACGAAGACUCAAACAAAGAACCACAAGGUGUUUUCUAUUUCACUCAUAGUACGUCACUUCAGUUGCUUUUAACAACGAUGGGGGUUGCAAAAGACUCGGUACCUUUGAAAGCUUCGAACUUUGAAAAUAUGAGAAACAGAAAGUGGAAUAGUUCCCGUUUGGCGCCGUUCGCUGCGAAUCUUGCAGCCAUUUUCUAUAGGUGCGAUUCGUCGAAUAAAGUUAGGUUUUACUUAAACGAGAAACCUUUAGAUUACGAAGGUUGUGAAUUGGGUGUGUGCGAUUGGGAAUACUUGAAGAAGAAAAUGGGACCCAACGCGUUCAACUGUAACACAGAUUUUUGUAAAGCUGAUACAACAAAAUGAUAUAUUACAUGUAACGUAGAAUCUUAUUUUAUUAUUAGUGGUAUUAAUGGUAAGCGUUACGCAAAAGAAAACAAUGAAGUAAUUUAAUAGCAGGAGUGAUUCUGUAGUGAUUACGUAGAUUAUCGUAUGUGCUUUCGUCAGGAAUUGUGUUGAAGAAAUUACAGUCUGACAACCUGUACGUAUAUGUUCGAAGCAACGAAGCUAGACGACCUUAUACUACUGUCAUAUAAGCUGGUGUGAUGAACGAUAUGCUCAUAUAUGACACCUUCAAAUUUAAUCACGUUUUCUUGAUAUUAUCAGAAAAAUUUUUACACAUAUUUGUUUAACUUCGAAAGAGAUAGCGGAGUAAUAAUAUUUAUUAUCAUUUGUUAUUCUAUUUUAUUUGCCAUCUGUAAUUAAUACUGUAUUACUACGUAAUUACUGUACUGUAUUUAAAUACAUAAAUAUAAUCUACGUGCUGCAUGAAAUUAGAA